AUGGCUCAGGGUUCAGGGAAUGACGUAUGGCUCAGGGUUCAGGGGGUGACGUAUGGCUCAGGGUUCAGGGUGACGUAUGGCUCAGGGUUCGGGAGUGACACCACUCAGACCCUCUCAAGACCACUCAGACCCUCUCAAGACCACUCAGACCCUCUCAAGACCACUCAGACCCUCUCAAGACCACUCAGACCCUCUCAAGACAACCAAGACCCUCUCAAGACCCUCAGACCUCUCGAGCCACUCAAGCCUUCUAGCAAGACCCUCAGACCCUCUCCAAGACCACUCAGACCUCCUCAAGACCACUCAAACCCUCUCAAGACCAUCAGGACCCUCUCAAGACCACUCCAAGCCCUUCUUAGACCACUCGGGCCUAUAAGACCACUCCAGGCCUCUAAGACCACUCAGAUCCUCUCCAAGACCACUCAGACCCUCUCCAAGACCACUCCAAAACCCUUCUCCAAAGACCACUCAGACCCUCUCCAAAGACCACUCAAACCCUCCUCAAGACCACUCCAAGCCCUUCCCAAAGACCCUCAGACCCUCUCAAGACCACUCAAACCCUCUCCAAGACCACUCAGACCCUCUCAAGACAACCAAGACCCUCUCAAGACCACUCAAGCCCUCUCAAAGACCACUCAAGCCCUUCCAAAGACCACUCAGACCCUCUCAAGACCACUCAAACCCUCCCAAGACCACUCAAAUCCUCCUAAGACCAUUCAAACCCUUCCCAAAACUACUCAAACCCUUCCGAAGACCACUCAGACCCUCUCAAGACCACCCAGACCCUCUCAAGACCACUCAGACCCUCUCAAGACCACUCAGACCCUCUCAAGACCACUCAAACUCUUCCCAAGACCACUCAGAUCCUCUCUAGACCACUCAGACCCUCCAAAGACUACUCAGACCCUCUCAAGACCAUACCACUCAAAUCCUCCUAAGACCAUUCAAACCCUUCCCAAGACUACUCAAACCCUUCCCAAGACCGCUCAGACCCUCUCAAGACCACCCAGACCCUCUCAAGACCACCCAGACCCUCUCAAGACCACCCAGACCCUCUCAAGACCACUCAAACCUUCCCAAGACCACUCGGACCCUCUCAAGACCACUCAAACUCUUCCCAAGACCACUCAGAUCCUCUCUAGACCACUCAGACCCUCCUAA